ACCAAAGAAGAUCACGCUCAUGGCACCCACAUUCUGCUGCAACGUAAUAACCCAGCAAACUUGACAUCAUACUUUUUUUUUUCUCUGCAGCUCAGGAGGAAUCCAGGACAAAGGGGGGGUGCAGCCCUCCUUCCAAUUUAUCUAGGAAUGUGAGGUGACCUGAGUGUGACCUUGCUGGGAGUCCCUGUGUGGCAGCAGCGCGAGAGGGGGGUGUAGUAGGGUGAAGCUCUGAGAUCAGGGUUUAGCUUGUGCUGGGAUUUCAGCAGCCUGGCUGCAUUGUGAUCAUUGGGGAGCUGCAGGGAGGGGAGAGAGCGAAGAAAAGGAGUCUGAGCUGCCGGAAAUGUCUGAGCACCAGCAGUGAGUGAGUUUCCUCUGUGCAGCAGCCUGCUGGUCAGGGGGACAAUGCAGCUGGGUGACAGUGACUGCAGCCCACCCUUUCCCAUCCCUGCGCUGCUGCUGCUGCUGCUGUGCGUCUAAGCCGCGUCCUCUGCCUGUCUGCACAGGAACUGGCGACUGCUGCAGAUCUCCUUGCAACUUUGUUACUAUCUAUUUUCCUGCAGAGGCUUCUACCAUGGGGCUGCCGACUCUGGAGUUCAGCGACUCCUACCUGGACAGCCCAGACUUCAGGGAAAGGCUCAAGUGUCAUGAGAUCGAGCUGGACAGGACCAAUAAGUUUAUUAAGGAGUUGAUCAAAGACGGGAACAUGCUGGUCGGGGCGCUGAGAAAUCUGUCCAUGGCUGUGCAGAAAUUUUCACACUCCUUACAAGAUUUCCAGUUUGAGUGCAUCGGGGAUGCGGAAACAGAUGAUGAAAUUAACAUUGCUCAAUCCCUGAAAGAGUUUGCUCGACUACUUAUUACUGUAGAGGAAGAGAGACGACGACUGAUACAGAAUGCAAAUGAUGUUCUAAUAUCCCCCCUUGAGAAGUUCCGAAAAGAACAGAUUGGUGCAGCAAAAGAAGGAAAGAAGAAGUUUGACAAAGAGAGUGAGAAAUAUUAUUCAAUAUUAGAGAAACACUUGAAUUUGUCAUCAAAGAAGAAAGAGGCACAUUUACAGGAGGCGGACUCCUUAAUUGAUAAAGAACACCAGAACUUCUCAGAUGCAUCUCUGGAAUAUAUAUUUAAAGUGCAGGAGGUACAAGAGAAAAAGAAGUUUGAAUUUGUGGAGCCUCUCUUGGCCUUCCUCCAGGGCCUCUUUACCUACUACCAUGAGGGAUAUGAGCUGGCCAGAGAAUUUACACCGUACAAGGAGCAGUUGCAGUUCAAUUUACAAAACACACGGAAUAACUUUGAAAGCACUCGGCAGGAGAUGGAGCGGUUAAUGCAGAGAAUGAAAUCUGCAGACCAGGAUUACAGACCACCCAGCCAGUGGACCAUGGAGGGAUAUUUAUACGUACAGGAGAAACGACCGCUUGGGUUUACAUGGACACGGCAUUACUGCACUUAUGACAAAAGCAACAAAACAUUUACAAUGAGCGUUUCAGAAACAAAGUCGAGUGGAAAAGUGAAUGGGCUAAUCUCAAGCUCGCCAGAGAUGUUUAAGCUGAAAAUGUGUAUACGGAGAAAAACGGACUCCAUAGACAAGAGGUUCUGCUUUGACAUAGAAGUCAUAGAAAGACAGGGGAUUAUAACCCUUCAGGCGUUGUCUGAGGCCAACCGAAAGCAAUGGCUGGAGGCGAUGGAUGGAAAAGAACCGAUAUACACCCUUCCAGCAAUCAUCAGCAAAAAGGAAGAGAUGUUUUUAAAUGAAGCCGGCUUCAACUUUGUGAAAAAAUGCAUCCACUCCGUGGAGACACGAGGCAUCACUAUUUUGGGACUUUACAGAAUUGGAGGCGUUAAUUCUAAAGUUCAGAAGUUGAUGAACACGGUUUUCUCUCCGAAAGCUUCUCCUGAUAUGGAUAUUGAUUUAGAGUUAUGGGACAAUAAAACCAUAACAAGUGCUUUAAAAAACUACCUCAGAUGUCUGACUGAGCCCCUCAUGACCUACAAAUUGCACAAGGAUUUUAUCCUCGCUGUCAAAUCAGAUGACCAGAAUUACAGAGUACAGGCAGUUCACGCCUUGGUCCACAAAUUGCCUGAAAGGAACCGAGAAAUGUUGGACAUCUUAAUCAAGCACCUUGUCAAGGUGUCAUUGCACAGCCAACAGAAUCUUAUGACCGUUUCCAACCUCGGUGUGAUCUUUGGCCCCACACUUAUGAGAGCGCAGGAGGAGACUGUCGCUGCAAUGAUGAACAUCAAGUUCCAAAAUAUAGUCGUUGAAAUUUUAAUAGAACAUUAUGAAAAGAUCUUUCACACAGCGCCAGACCCCAACGUGCCCCUGCCUCAGGCCCAACCACGCUCAAUUUCUAAGCGAACCCGGGCAAUCUGCCUUUCCACAGGACCAAGAAAGCCUAAAGGGAGAUAUACCCCAUGCCUUGCUGAUCCAGAGAGUGACUCCUAUAGCAGCAGCCCAACCAGCACCCCUAUGGGCAGCAUCGAGUCGCUCUCUUCACAUUCCUCCGAACAAAAUGUCAACUCACGGUCUGCAUCGUCCCCACUAAGGGACAAGAAGGGAGGCGGCAUCCCAUGGGUCACCUCCACACCCUCCUCUAAUGGUCAGAAGAGCUCUAGUCUUUGGACUACAAGCCCCGAGUCCAGCUCCAAGGAGGAUGCCUCAAAAACGGACGUGGAGUCGGACUGUCAGAGCGUGUCAUCUUUGACCAGCCCUGGGAAUAUCUCUCCUCCGAUUGACCUGACCAAGAAAGGACUCUUUGAGCUGCCUGGGCUGAAACGCUCUGCGGCUCCCUCCCUUCGCUCCUUACCUUCCACAGAAGGUAUUAAAAGUCGAAGUCCUUCUACUCAGAGCUUAUCAUCUAUGGAUGCCACAAAGGCUUAUCCGGAUUUACCUCCAAAGGUUAUGAGAAGAAGGUUGGACACGGGUUCCAGUAAUGGCUACCAGAGACCAGGAUCGAUGGUGGCAGCUAAAGCUCAGCUCUUUGAGAACGCUGGAUCAACAAAACAAUCCACUCCUGGACGCCAAGCCAAAGCGAUGUAUUCUUGUAAAGCAGAACAUAGCCAUGAGCUCUCGUUUCCCCAGGGGGCGAUAUUUAGUAAUGUUUACAGAUCUGUGGAACCAGGCUGGCUGAAGGCAACCUACGAAGGCAAGACUGGAUUAGUUCCAGAGAACUAUGUUGUCUAUCUUUGAUGAAGUCAGUAGACAGCUGUAUCUUCAUGGUAUCCAUGGUGACAAAUGAGAAAACAAUGACUGUAUCUGAUAUGGAUAUGAGGAUCAAAAGCUCAUACAAGGUCACAGUUCUUUGUAGGCUUUUGUGGUUUAAGGACUCACACUAAUUGUAACUGCGUAACUUGAGACUUCCUUUGAAGAAUUUGCUUAGCACUUGGAACAGCUUAAUGGGUACAUUAAAACAAAUAUACUUUUCUGAUGCCACCGUCAUGUCCACAAGUGACCAGGGGCUUUAGAAAUUUGGUACACAAUGGAGGACUUGCAUUGACCACUGGUACACAACUCACCAACACGUUUCCACUUAAAUGACCUUGGGGUGAUGUAAGAUGAAUGGGUUAAGUGCAUCUCCUUUGCAGUAGCAAUAAUUUACAUUUAUGGUGACUAUAUUUUUAUUUUAUCUUCACAUUGUAAGUAUAAGUGGGUAUUGUAAAGUGAUUUCAUGUGCCUUCGAACCACUACUUGUUGCCCUCCAUGAAGGCUUUAGGGAUUGUAGUGUUUCCGUUUCUGAUUUUAUUGUAAAAGAAAAAAAAUAUAUAUUUUACCUUACGGAUUCUUACUGCUUUAUUAUCUCGCCUUUGUCGUGUUCUAUGUAUUCUAUAUGUACCAACGCAUUUCACUAAGGUUAGUGUUAUUUUCAGGAACAGUACAAGAAAUUAAAAAACUAUUUUACUUGGGAACAUGAAUGAUGCCACAUGGAAGAUGGAGACACCUCUUUAGGUUUCACCGGUUAACUACAUAGAGCAGUGGCAGCCAUUUUGUGAGCUGAGCCAAUAUUCAUUCAAUUGCUGCCCAACAAGUCACUAGUGGAAUCACAGAGGUUUUUCAGUGAAUUGGUAGGUUGAGUGCCUCAGUGAUGACACUGCUUCCCACUAGUUGAUAGGCUACAUUCUAUGGACUCGAUCAAACUUGAAUAGUUCUACGGCCACGAACAUGUUCACUGUAUAAUCACUUGAAUUUAUGAUUUAAAAUUUGUGACUUGCAUUCAAAAUUAAUUUUUCACAGUAAACACUAAAUAAUGAUUUUAAAUAAUAAAGUAUUUUCCUUUUUUUGUUUAAAUCACCUUUGAAUGCCACUGAGCAUCUGUGCUAUUGAGCAUAACCUCGGUCUACAAAAUGGCUUCUUCUGCUAUGUACUGUAGUUUCAUGCUUCAAUGAUGUCAUUAGCUCCUGGUGAACAAAAUGGCUACCUCCACUGUCUGAGACUGAGAAUUAUUUAGUGUGAAAGCUUGGGUGACAACUUAGGUCUCAUUUCUCAGGCUUACGUUAGGAUUUAAAAUGUACAUAUGUGUCCUCAUACGCAUGAACGCAAUACGCCAUAAGGACCAAGACACCUUGUGGUAUUGAGCUGUGCCAAGCAGUUCUCCAGCAGCACAGAGUAUAUCAGGGAAUGAGUAAUGUGUUACUGAGGCCAAGGCUGCAUGCAUACUCCUUAACCGGACCAAUUUUGGCAGGACAGUCCUGUUUAAUGGGCACUGCCCGAACCGUCCCACCCGCGGGCUGCAAUGUCCCACAGUGGGGAAAGGUUGGGGGCGGACACUCGGUCACCACUGCUCACAUAGCAUCUAACAGAUGUGUCCUCAUACACUUGGCCUUAAUAUGCCACGCGGCACGAGAUACAUGGCGCGAGGGAGCCGCACCGACCGGUGCAGUUUAGCAACUUUUUCUUUAAAUUUGCAUCUUCUUCAUCAGAUUUGCAGAUAAAUCGCUGUACUUUGCGCAAAAAAAAGCUGCGCCCCUGCACCGUAGCACUUCCUAUACAGAGUCAGACUCAUUCGCACACAGAUGUAAAAGUGUCGCACAUCAAAUGAAUCAGUGCAGUCUCUGGAAGCGGUUAUGUCGCAUUACAUUGUAACUAUGAAAUAUGCACAUUUGAGUGAAAAAAACAAGUGUGAAAAAGAGGUUUGUCACUAGUCACGUCGCACAGGACCUAGCGUGCCAAGAAGGGCUUUUUGUCACAGCCACGGCAACAGUGUAUGAGAACUCAUCUGUAUUAUGAAAACUUAAUACAGUAUCCUGCAAAAUAUUUCCCUGAACCUUACUGCCGUGCUGAAUGGAGACAGAUUACACUUUAGUUGUGAAUUGCAGUAUACCCAAAGCUGCGACAUUUUGGUACAGUCCAGUGGUCCGUUGUCUUUUUCUCCAUUCCUAGCCCCUGAUUAAGCCAGUUUUGAGUGCUCACCUUUAAAUUUGAAAUAUAUUUCCAUUUAAUCACCAUACCAUUGGCUACAAAGGUUCUUUUUAUAUAUAUAUUGUUCAUAUUUAUUUUUAUGUUGUAAAAGUUAGUACUGGUACAUAUUGAUGAAGGUUGUGUCAUUAUGUGGCAGGUCACAUUUGGUUUGAAGAACAAACGUAAACCAGGAAAUAUGGACAUUAUUUGGGCUAAAGAUUCCCAAUUAAAUAAAAACAGGACUGCCAGGGAAGACCAAGGCUUGUGUAGCCCCAAGUUUUGGAUUGCAAUCCAAAGAUGAAUUACUGUCUCAGAUGUUCCUUUCUUUUGGGUGGCAACUGUAGGAGCCAGAAGCAUAUAUCUGGGACCCUGAGCCAAGGACAAGCUGGAAACUGGACUUUCCUUCAUCCAGGGCUGUUUGAACAGCAUUGUAGGCCCUGGGCAAUGCAAUCCACUGUGGAGACCCUACACACCCAUUUAUAGGACCCAAUUAAAGAAAAACCAUGACAUGCUCCUCCUGCGCCAUCUAUCCACAUGCUUCCAUACAGUGAAUGGCUGUCAGCACUUUAAUUGGUGAAUAGCUCCAGCCAUCAACCAAUCAGCAUGCUAAUAGCCAUUCACUGUCUGGCUGCAGGUUGGGAGGCAGGUAGAAAAUGCUUCCUGGCCACCCUGAUUAUGUGACCACCACCCACCCCUGCACAGUGGCCCCUAGAAUUGUGUGGCUCAUUUAUCUAGUACAUUUUAUAUAAUGAAGAGCUAAAAGCAUGUUGGUUGCUAGGGGCAAUUUCUGUACUUGUCCUCUUUAUAAGGUUUGAUACAUUACUUUCUUCCCCCCACAAUUACAAAAUGCAGACUACAACGUGUAGAGAAAACAGAGAGGGCCUUGCUUGUGAUAGCUUACAUUCCAAAAGGGAAAUGGGCAGACACAAAGAAGGACAGGGGUACUGAGCGGUUGUGUGCAGAUUCUGGAGCAUUAGGUGAAGAGGUGAUAGGUUUGAGUUGAGCAAUCAAUGGAUGUUAGGAGGUAUGUCCCCCCUCACCAUGGUGAACAGGUGCCUCUUGUUUAGGAGAGGCAGUGGCAAACGCAGGAUUUCUAGAUAGGGGUUUCCAAAUGUAGUCCACAAUCUCCGAAUCUGCAGAACAUUGGAGUAAGUGCGGGAGACUGGAGGAGCGGUAAAAGAACCUAGUAACGACCCUGGACAUUAAUGUACACAUUCGUCUUUUUAUACACUAGAUACUGUAUGGAAUACAUUAUUAAUAUUUAAAACUUUAGAUGGUCAAUAGUAUGGGCUGUAUCAAACAAUUAAAUUAUAUAAAGAAGUGGUCAGGAAAAGGUUAAACAAACUAUAAAUAAGUACACAACUAUAGUAGAACCAAUGCUGCACUUUCUAAGCACACAUUCUCAUGGUAAGCUCCUGUCUCUUCUUCCUGGUAGCUACUCUAGUCCAGAGCACUGAUUGAGGACUCAGAUCCUCACAUAGAGCAAACUUGGUAGAAGAAGAUGCUACCACUAGGCAUGUGCAGCAGCUCUGCUCCGUUCCAUAACCUGCAUGAUGUGGCAGCAGCUCUAGUAAUCAUAUUAUACUGUAUACUAUUGCUAUUAUUGUCAUAAUUUGAGAACUUGCCGAGAGGAGGGGGGUUUCCAGGCAACCAGAACCCCCCCCUGCGUUUGCCUAUGAGAGGUCACCCCAUCCCUGUCUGAUGAGGUAUGACUGUGUCCCACUUUACAAAUAAAAUACACAACAGCUCCAAGUGUGGUUCCAGAAUGUUUUAUAAAGCAAAACCCAUCUGUCUUCCUAUAAGGGUGCGUUAAUGGCCUGAAACACCCCAGCACUCCGGCACCCUCCAGACCAUAUUCCAACUGGGAGUUCCUGGUCCUAACAUUGGAAACCAUCCGGCUGUCAAUGAAAGCUGAUGGGAGUUCGUUGGUGGCAGCUGAGGCCACGGCCUGCACCACCAGGGCCAUAACUAGGUGUGUGCGGAGGGGGCACCACACAUAGCACUGUAGGGUAGGGGGCGCUGUUGGCAGCACUUGCCAAUUAUCUGUUUUAAUUGCUUUCACUUGCAGUUUCCCCUCUUUUUGAAGCCCAGCAUCUCCUGACUGCCCCUGUCUCCUACCCUGACCCCAUCUGUCGCUAAUACCUAUACAACAUUCAUGAACUCAACUUGAGAUUUCUUGGUUAUUCAGUCACACUGUCCUUUAUUACUUUUUAAGAUGCUGACAUACUUGGGAUUUAAACCCAUUGCCUGUGGCAUUGCAGUCAGACAAUCUAUUCAUUGAGCUAUCUGCCCUUGCAUAGAAAGGUAGAUAAUUCUAAACUAGAGAAUUCUAACUAUUUGAAGCUCUUGUACUUUGUGAAAAAAUGAUCAGCAUUGCGGCUGAUCAGAUCUGUGUGGGUGCAAUGGAUUGGAUGUGUGUCUGCACACUACAUAGAUCUGCUUUAUAUAGUGUUCAUAGGGCCUAACUCAUACCUGAUCGUAGAUGUGAUAAAUUUAGCGCGCUGGCAGGGAGCUACUCGUCGCUGUGUGACAUCACGCAGCCGACGCAACCCGCACCCCCUCAACGGUCCAGGCUCACCUGCGUUGCCCGGACCGCACCCCCUAAAUAGCGGCCAAACGGUGCCGGCCUGCCCCCUCCCGCCCAGCGACCUCCUCUGCCUGUCAAUCAGGUAGAGGCGUACGCCGGGCUUAUACAGCCGUCAGGUGUCUGGCAUGCGCAGUUCAAGCCUGAUCGCUGCUGUGCAAAAACGCACAGCAGCGAUCAGGUCUGAAUUAGCCCCAUAGUUUUUAUGCAAUGCAAUGAGUAGGGUGUUUGACCGGAAUGCAACAGUUUAUAGGUUUGAACCCUGGGUAUGGCAGUAUAUUGGAAUGUGUAAUUUAAUAGAGGGUAUUGUAACUGAAUAACAACAAGCUCUCAAGUUAAGUGCAUGAAUGUGGUACAAAGAGGAUUUGUGUCCAAAUCCAUUUUCUUGCAGUGGCCUGUACAUGUGAUUAUAAUAUAUAUAUAUAUAUAUAUAUAUGUAUAUAUAUCAUAGCAUGGGCUUUAUCUGGGAUCAAUCAUGUCCUGCUCCUUCCCCACAAAGCAUGUGCCUUAUGUCCCUCUCUGGCACAGGGCACCAAAAAGUCUAGUUAUGGCUCUGCGCGCCACCAUAUAUGUGACAAGUUUGAAACCCGUAAUUUGGAGUCUAUUCUAUUAUCCUGCUAGAUGUAUCAAGCUGGGAUUGUUAUGGGAAAGCACGACUGACAUACCGAUUUACUAAUAUGGAAACUUACAGUAUUACCAUUUUCUCCUCAGCCAAUAAAAUGUGUGUAACCCUCAUCUACAUGACAAUGGGCAUGAUUCAUGUUUGUAACUAAAGCAAAAAAGCAAGCAACUAGGCAAAACCAUGUUGCACUGCAGGUAGGGCAGAUGUAACAUGUGCAGAGAGAUAUAGAUUUGGGUGGGUUCAAACUGAAAUCUAAAUUGCAGUGUAAAAAUAAAACUGUCCAGUAUUUGUGGGCUACAUGCAAAAGCUGCCAGUAUUUACCCUGUAUGCAAAAUAAUCAAUUUAAUUGCACCCAAGUUGGGAUUCCGGGGCAGCGGUCGGGAUUGCGACCGCUGAUAUUUCACUGGGUGCCGGGAUUCUGGCGUCGGUCUCCUGACCGCCGUGAUCUCGGCAGCCAGCAACUUGAAUGCAUUCCUGAUGUCCAUAUACUGUAGUUCAGCAAAUAUUUACAACUGCACAUGUACAUAGAAAGCCCUAUGACAUACUGUAUGCAGAGUUACAGUGGAGGAACAAAGGUGCCGUUUCAGUCAGGAUAGACGGUUUAAGAAAAGAGGAGGAAAAGUGAUAGGAGGUGACUGGAAAUGCAGGCAAAAUGCUCCAUUCAGUGGGCGUAUUAUGGCGGUGUCACCGGCAUGUCAGUGCAGGCAGCUGUGUUUCCACGUGCACAACUGCAGGCACAGGUCAGACGGAGACAUUGCACCUGCCUUAGGGCUGAUGCACGUUCUGGUGGUGAGACCUACAGUACAGUAGUGUAUAACAACACACCAAUUGGUAUUACAGUGUGCACAGGCAUUAUAAGUAGGUGUUUCAGCCCUUCCAUAUUCGGCCGCACGGAUGUGCAUGAGGAAAGACGUUUGUAGUGGCAUUUGCAUAAACUCUCAGAUGAUUACUAACAGACACUACUGCGUGUGCUUUUGUGUGCCCAUUGUGUGAAACACAAGCUAAAGCAUACACCUAUUAAAAUGCAUUAAGAGGUACUGGACAAAUUCAUAAACUAUCCAAGACUGCGAUGGAGCAGAAGUAGAACUACAUUUGAGUGAAGUUGCGUAGAUGACCCUUUUAGCUGCAAGGCUUGCCUCUAAUGCUUUGUCCUUGUCACCCUUAUUUGUCCGUUAUACAGAGAUCACAGGCACUGAGAACUUUGUGUCGCAGUCAGGGUACAUUUUAUCAUUGCUGUUCCUGUAAAUGUAAUAGUAACAUCUGGGACAAUGUGACAUAACUACAGCUAAGUGGAUUCAUAUAUCGAUCAUACCUGUAUGACUUUCUAAACAACAUCUCCAUUAGUGGUCUGUAGUCACUGGUUGUGCAGUGGCUUAUUUAUUAGCAGAAAAGUAUUUAUUUUCUCGCCAUCUAACACCCAGUGCUAUUUAUUAUCCAGUUUGCAUGAAGAUUGCUUGUUUUUCACAUUAGGGGGAGAUGAAUCAAUCAUUGGAGAUAGAUUAAGUACCAACCAAUCAGCUCCUUUGUAUUUUGGCACAAAAAUGAAGGUAUGCAACGCAUGGAUAAGAACCACAUUACUUUAUGGUUCAGAAUCAUGGACAAUCCUUAAAAACGACCUAAUAAGGGGCCUAAUUCAGACCUGAUCGUUAGGCAGCGAUUUUUGCACUGCUGCGAACAGAUAGUCGCCGCCUACAGGAGGAGCGUGUUUUAGUUGUGCAAGUGUGCGAUCGCAUCAGCCUGUCCGGGACUGGAAUUGACGUCAGGAACCCUCCCUGCAAACGCUUGGACACGCCUGCGUUUUUCCAACCACUCAGCUGCCACCCACAAACGCCUUCUUCCUGUCAAUCUCCUUGCGAACGCCCGUGAGAAUGGAUCCUUUGCACAAACCCAUCGCUGAGCGGCGAUCCGCUUUGUACCCGUGCAAUGUGCCUGCGCAUUGUGGUGCAUACGCAUGCGCAGUUUAGACUUGAUCGCCCGCUGUACGAAAACGCAGCCUAGUGAUGAGGUCUGAAUUACCCCCAAGGCUGGAACGUUUCCAAAUGAGGUGCUUCCGAAACAUACUAGAAGUGACAUUAACAGAGAAAUGGAAACAUCCGAAAACUAUGCCAAGACCAACCCACAACUGAAUCCUAUAUUAAAAGACAGCAUUUAAAGUGGUUCGGAAAUGUCUGAGGAAUGGAGCCUAAAAGAAUACUAAGGGGUCUAUUCAUGAAGCAGUGAAAUGUAUGGAGAAAUGAGCCAGUGGAGAAGUUGCCCAUGGCAACCAAUCAUCAAUGAAGUAACAUUUAUAAUUUGCAUACUAUACAAUUGUACCGAGCAGCUGAGUGGUUGCAAUGGGCAACUUCUCCACAGGCUCACUUCUCCACUCUUUUCACUGCUUCAUAAAUAGACCCCCCAAGUGCCUACAUAACACACGUACAGAUGGAUGGAAAAUAGCAAAUGAUGAGCCAAAGAAAACAUGGCUAUAGCAGAUUAUCCAAGACCCUCAACCAUUGCACUUCCAUAUUGAUGCCAAGUAAGCCGCCCUAAAUUGUUCCCGGUAGCGUGCGGUUAUUAGAGAUUCCCUGCCAUUGGCUGCCACAGUACCGGCAAGCUUACCCUACCUGCGAGAACAACAAUUAAGUCUUAGGGGGACAUGUACUAA